UUCUCUCACUCUCUCCAUUCCUCCGGGAAUCCGUUGGUGCUGUGUUCGGGCUCCCGGUUGGUGUAUUGGCGACGUGGAUCGCCGCCUACGAGCAUUUGUGGUGGGCGGGGCAGAGCUGCUGCGGUCGCGCGAGAUCAUUUGUGGUGGUCCUGGGAUACACUCAUCACGCUGUAGGGUUUGUUUCGUAAUAAGUGGUUCUGAUCUCGGGCACGGAAUAGUUUGACCGGAAAUGAAUCAGCGUAAUCAGUUGCUAGGCCUCGCUGGUAUCUGAAGUGUGAACAUGAUAUGGUUUUAGAUGUCAGGCUUUCAUAUACACUUCUAUGAACACUUACAUGACGAGUUCCAACUUCCAUUGUAGAAUUGGUGGUCUAGAUGAAUUGUUGCCUGCAACCUUGUUGAAUCUUCUAAAGCAACUGCUGUGUAGUUUUCUAUACAGACACCUUUAAAGUGUUGUUGAUGGGACAGAAUGCAUAUUCUAGAUUCUGUGUUUUUUCCUUUUUUGUGUAGUUUUCUAUACGGACAUCUUUAAAGUGUUGUUGAUGAGACAGAAUGCAUAUUCUAGAUUCUGUGUUUUUUUAUAGUUGACAUAGUCACAUAGGUAAUUUUUACUGUAUUAACCAAGCAAGAACCAGAUUAGGUUCAUGUGGGUGCAUUUCCCUCUGUUCAUUCCCUAAAAAAGAACAAGCAAGGUUAUUCGCAAUCCAGACUGAUGCAACACAGCGAUGCUCAAAAUGGUGCACAGGUGCAGUAGUAUGUUGCGUCAUUUGUUGGGUUGGAUGCCCCAGUCUGUAUAGCAUCAGAACUGAGGUUUUCAUAUGGUUUGAAGUUUAUAUAUGCGGUGGAUGGUUCUUCUAUUUUAAGAAGGUGUUUACUUUAUGGAGGAUUGGUAAUUCUAUUGGCACUAUUUGAAUGGCCUCUACCGAACUUAUAGUCCAGUUGUGUUCUGAUGAUUGUAUUGUGAAUUAUGGCCACAUUUGGUUCCUCAUCUAAACCUCACCUAACCUUGCUGAACAAGGAUUGAUGCUUUUGCUGCUGCAUUUGGAUAUUUGGCUAGCUUGUCUCGGUAACUUGUGCUGGCAAGAAUUGCCAGCAUUUCCCCUUGUUACCCGCAGAGAGCUAAAAUGGCUCUCCGGCUAAGCAAGCUUCUUGGGGCAUGGGCCAAUAAGGGUUCUACCUGGAAAGGCAUGAUCCUGGAGUUUCCUUGAGAAAGGAAGUGAUCAAGGAUGGCCUCGAGGGCUAUCGUCAGGAGGAGGAAGGACAUUCUACGGCACACUAAUGUGCCUAUUUUGUCCCCCUCAUUCACUAGCACAAUUGGGAAAGGACAGUUUGGUUGUGAGGUUGAUCAUCAAAGAUCUGUAUUUUUCUUUUCGAAGGAAAGUUUAGCAGAUUCUAAUCAUGCUACGGCACAUUAUACUUUAAGUAAGCGAAAGCUUUGUCGCCUCAGUAGCGGUUUCACAUGGCGUUCAACUUGUGAGGUUUCUCUUCCCACUUAUGGUUCUAGAGCACAGAACUUUGUAUUCCCAUUGGGAGUCAGGUGUUUCCUGCAGUCAAUCAGCACCACAUCAAACACAACUGGACAGGGUCAAGUUAAUAUUAUGGACAAGCAGAUUGAGGAUGAGAAGCAGAAGCAACAAAAAAAGGAGGCAUCCCCUGAAGAAUGUGAUCAGGCAGUGGAAGGAUUAAGCACUGCAAAAGCAAAAGCAAAAGCUAAGCUGGAGGAAGUGCAAAAGACUGACCAAUCAAUGGUACAGAAAUUUUGGGCAAAGCUUCUGGGUAUUGGCCCUGCUUUACGACUUAUUGCUUCAAUGAGCAGAGCUGAUUGGGCUGCAAAGUUGAAGCAUUGGAAGGAUGAAUUUAUUUCUACACUGCAGCAUUAUUGGUUGGGCACUAAGCUGCUCUGGGCAGAUGUUAGAAUCUCAUCAAGGUUGUUAGUGAAACUUGCUACUGGAAAGAGCCUCACAAGACGAGAGAGGCAGCAGCUCACACGCACAACAGCAGAUCUAUUCAGGCUAGUACCUUUUGCAGUUUUUAUUAUCGUUCCAUUCAUGGAACUCUUGCUGCCAGUGUUCCUCAAGUUGUUCCCAAACAUGUUGCCAUCCACUUUCCAGGACAAGAUGAAAGAAGAGGAGGCCCUAAAAAGGAAACUGAAAGCAAGGAUGGAAUAUGCAAAGUUUUUACAAGACACUGCUAAAGAAAUGGCAAAGGAAGUUCAAACAUCACGUAGUGGAGAAAUGAAACAAACUGCUGAAGAUCUGGAUGAGUUCUUGAAUAAGGUUAGGAAAGGUGGACAUGCCUCCAAUGACGAAAUUUUGAGCUUUGCACAGCUAUUUAAUGACGAGCUGACUUUGGAUAACAUGAGCAGACCACGGCUUGUUAAUAUGUGUAAAUACAUGGGGAUCCAACCUUUUGGCACAGACCACUACUUGCAAUUCAUGCUCCGAAAGAAACUACAAGACAUUAAGAAUGAUGAUAAGAUGAUUCAAGCUGAAGGUGUGGAGUCUCUUUCUGAAUAUGAGCUUCGACAAGCAUGUCGUGAGCGUGGGCACCUUGGUUUGUUGUCAACAGAGGAGAUGCGCCAACAGCUCAGAGACUGGCUGGAUCUAUCACUCAAUCAUUCUGUGCCAUCGUCUCUUCUAAUACUCUCAAGAGCUUUUACUGUAUCUGGUAAAAUGAAACCUGAGGAGGCCGUUGUAGCAACCUUAUCUUCCCUGCCAGAUGAAGUUGUCGAUACAGUUGGGACUGUACUGCCUUCUGAAGAUUCUGUUUCAGAGAGGAAGAGAAAAUUGGAAUUUCUGGAGAUGCAGGAAGAACUUAUCAAGGAAGAGGAGAAAAGGCAAGAGAAAGAAGACAAGGCAAAACUGGAGGAGAAGACCACUGAAGAAGAUUUGGCUUUGAAGGAAAUGACUGAGCCUACUGUUAGGGAGGAAGAGGAACUAAAGAAAGCGAAAACACAUGAUAAGAAAGAGCAGCUUUGUAAUAUCAGUCAAGCAUUGGCUGUGCUUGCAUCUGCUUCUUCUGUUACCAAGGAGCGACAAGAGUUUUUAAGCCUUGUCAACAAGGAGAUAGAACUAUACAACAACAUGCUCGCAAAGGAGGGCACAGAUGGUGAAGAAGAAGCCAGGAGAGCAUACAAGGCUGCUAGGGAGGAAUCAGACCAUGCUGCAGAGGCAGCUGUGGGAGAAAAGGUCUCUUCAGCUUUGAUUGAUAGGGUUGAUGCUAUGCUUCAAAAGUUAGAGAAGGAGAUUGAUGAUGUUGAUGCUCGAAUUGGCAAUCGCUGGCAGCUGCUGGAUAGGGACCGUGAUGGCAAGGUGACUCCUGAAGAGGUAGCUGCAGCUGCAAAUUAUCUCAAAGACACCAUAGGAGCAGAAGGCGUCCAGGAGCUUAUCAGCAAUCUUUCUAAAGACAACGAAGGGAAUAUCCUUGUGGAAGACAUUGUAAAGCUGGCGUCACAAACAGAUGAAAACAAUGAACAUGAAGAAACGGCACGAUGAUUUGGAAUAGCAGCCACAUUCUUGGCUGUUAAAAUUCGGGGCUCCGUUCUUUUUUCAAGGGAACCUCACAUAACAAAGCUUUCCUGGCAGUUUCAUGCAAAAAUCACUAAGCAGGAUGGCCAUUCUUUUUGUUCUGACUGGCGGCUGCGGAGAAAUCUGUAUCCUGUAGCAUAGCCUGCUGUUGAAAGAUAUUCAUUUAUACAAUUAGUCCUACCACCGAUCAUUAGGUUAGGAAUUCUGUCUGAAAUGGCAACUUAAAUUUCAAACGGUUGCCAUGAAAAUGAGAAUAAGUUAGGCGGGCUGUACAAAUCUUUCAUCUAUAGUCUGAAGAAAAGUAUAGGCAUCAAAUAAGUAUCUGAAUAAAUUUCAUGCUAUUUGAAUAAGAAUGAGUUCGACUUGUUGUCUCUCCAAA